AUGACAAUGUAUAUCACCUUCAAGCUGGAGCCAGAGAACACCACAGUGUACCAGGGCCACAGAGCCAUCCUACACUGCCAGGCCACAUCAGACCCUGAGCCCCACAUCCAGUGGAUGGUCAAGGACAAAGUGCUGGACACCAGCAGGAGGUUCCAGAUAAUGCCCAAUGACUCUAUGGUGAUAACUGAUGUCACCACGGACGACACAGCCAAGUACACCUGCACUGCCGGAAACAGCUGCAGCAUCAGUGACGUCGUGGCACAGCUCUACAGUCAUGGCCAAAAGUUUUGAGAAUGACACAAAUAUUAAUUUUCACAAAGUCUGCUGCCUCAGUUUGUAUGAUGGCAAUUUGCA